CUCCGCUCGUACCGCGGCAUCCGCGCGUCGAUCUUUAUAAACGCGAGAUCGUUUCGAGAAGCGUCAAAGUAUUCUCGCUCGCGAAAUAGUAAAGUGACUAGUCGACGAAGCGCGAAACGGUAUAAGAGCAAAGUGGCGAGGUGUGAAAUAACGAGAAUUAAAAUCAGUCGCGAACUACUCGAUAUGGAACGAAUCGAGCAGAUAAUUAACGCGGCCGAUUAUAUUAAUGUGAACGGUGAUUUAAUUACAAUAAAGUCUUACGUUUUGGGAGAUCUCGCCUCGGAUUUGCGCGAGGAGGCGCGAGGCAUUAUCGAGAACAGUCCGGAUUUGCUCAGACUGAACUUUCAGCUGGAUGGAGACAUCGAUAUCGCGCGUUCAAUACAACAGAUAGAAGAUUGUAUAAGAACGGCGCGAGAAUCGCUCUAUGAUUUAUUUACGAAGACGAGGACUAUGCUCGCGCAGGCGCAAAACGUUCACAGCGCGUUGCGCGACGCUCGCCAACGCGAUGUCGCGCUAGCCCCCGAGCAAUUUGAGUUUCGCGAUCGCGACUUCGCCAUCCCUGAAUUAAUCGACAGGCUUCACGAACACGAGAAUAGGCGAGUUAUCGCGUCACCGAUCGACGAGGAGCCCGAAUCGCGGCCAAUCAGCGAGGAGCCCGAACCACAGCCAAUCAGCGAGGAACCCGAAUCGCGGCCAAUCGACGAAGAGCCUGAAUCGCGACCGAUCGACGAGAAGCCCGAAUCGCAAUUAAUCGACGAGGAGCCCGAAUCGCAGCCGAUGGAGGACGAGGCCGAACCGUCGACGGGCGACGAGAAUGAACCGCCAGCGAAUGUACAAUUAGAGGGUUACGAGCCCGAAUCACAGCCGUUCUUCGAGCUGUAA